UUAGCCAAAAAUCAAAACUCUAUUAAAUAAAAAAAACUCUAUUAAGUCAAAAAGCAUAACCCGCCGCGUACGCUGAAGCCGCCGAAUCGAUCAAGCUCUCGCCGGCACAGUUUCUUUAGCCUUCGCCGCUUCCGCCGUCUCUAAUUCAUUCAAAUCCAUGGCAUUUAGAGGUCGAGGUCGAGGACGUGGGGGAUUUGGUGGAGGAGGCUUCAACUUUGCCCCACAACAUCCUUUUGUUCUUUUUCCUGAGAUCAGAUUGCCUGAUAGAAACAAGGUUCCUGAAGAGAAGGAAUUAGCAAUACGUAAUUAUAGGUUUCGGAAUUUCUUUAGAAAUUCACCAUACUAUCUUGAGGAAACUUUAUCAGACGAAGACUCCGUGGACAUUGAGAGAUAUUAUGACAAAGUCAACAAGAAAGCGAGAUUUGGUCGGGAGUCGCUUUUAGGUUCUGGUGUCUUAAAACUUGAAAAUGGGUAUUUUCCUCCAGAGCUUGUACAAGGCACAAAAUCCAGGACUAAGAGGAAGGUGAGAUGGAAUCAAGAACGAGACAUUCGGAAGCUAGAUGAUCUUGAGAAGCUUGAGAAGGAUUUUGAAAGUGGCUCCUUAAAAGGCAAGAAGGAGAAAGAAGGCGAAGAAGAGGAGGAAGAAGAGGAUGUAGAGGAGGAAGAGGAAGACGAAGUUGAUACUGAUGAUGAUUAUGCUAAGGGCGAACAAUUUGAUGAUGAUGAAGAUGACUUUAACGUUAGCGAGGGUGAUGAUGAAGAUGCCAUGUAGUAGUAGUAGUUGGUUGGCGUGUCGUGUAGCUCUGAUUAUCGAAAGCUCUUUCAGAUACAAUUGCAGAGGUCAAGAACUUUUUUUCUCGAUUUCAGGAUGCAAAUCGGUUACUUAUCCGUUUCACUUAGAUUGCUACGCAGGACUUUCAGAUUAGGAUUGGUAAAUAAAUGUAAGGUAUAGAGUUUUUGACACUUUUUAUAAGAAUUUAUUUCUCAGUAUACGCUUUCUAGAAUUUUCAUAUGAAUUUUUGCUAUAGGAAUUGUUAUAUGGAAUUAUGGAUAGUAUUUACCAAGCAAAGUGAUACUAAUGUCGCAAA